UCCUCCUUUCUCCUCCUUCCUCCUCCUCGGCGUCUCUCUCCACUCUCUUGCGCCAUCGCAAAGCCCUUGGGUGUGGGUUCCGUUCCUUUGCCGCCCGCCGCACGGCCAACGACCCCCACCCUUCCCUCCGCGGCUGUGACUUCUCCACUUCUUCCUCCCUGAUCGCCAUGAGCUCCCCACCCUCCUCGCCCAUGCCGAUGGAGGAUGAUGACGGCAUGUCAUCGGCCCACGGCUCGCCCGCCGCCGGUACCCCCCCUCCCACUCGUACCCGCAAGAAGCGCGCCAAUCACAAUGAGCUCGAGCGCCGUCGGCGUAUGUUUCAAAAGACUCGCCUGGAUGACCUGCGUCAGGCGAUCCCCCACCUGCGUGUUGAGCGCCCAUCCACCGUGCUUGUGGUCACCAAGGCCAAGGAGUACAUCACCCAUCUGCUGAGCACCCUGCGCGAUCGGCACAUGGAGCUUUCCAAAUUCUGCCUCGCUCGUGGGCUCGCCCCGCCCCCUGCCUUCAACCCCGACAAUUACUCCCCCGUCAGCCCGAAGCAGCUUGGCUCGGGGCGAACCCCCACCCCGCAACCCUCCUCGGACAAGGGCUCUCCCGCCGAGUCAACCGACCUUACUGCACGCAUGGCGGCAGACCUUCAACUUCUCCAAGCCGAAGAGACAGCCUUGCGAAGCGAAAUCGCCACGCUGGAGCAGCGCCUUGAGCGGCACCCGAAGCGCCAGCGUCACUCGCCGGCCGAGCCCUCGAUACCGCCCAUCAAGCGCGAGCCACGUGUCAGCAUCAGCUCCCUCCUAUCAGACCCGGAGCCCGCCGACCAGCAUCAUCACCAUCACCAUCACCAUUACAACUUCCACCAAUCGGCCCCACCGCAGGUGGCUCCGCCGCAGCCGACCCCCUCGCGCCGCCCGAGUCUGGUGGAGCUGAGUGAGGUCUCGGUGGCCGUGAUGGCUGUGGCCCAGGCCCAGCGCUCGGGCGCCUCCCAGGGGCUCGGCCUGCCGCAGACUGGCGGGGAUUACGCUGCAAUUGCCGCUGUGCUGCCCUCCCUGCCGGCCGUAGUGCCGGACAGCGAGGUCAUGGAACGGGCAGCUGCUACGGCCGCCGCCGCCGCCGCCGCCGCCGGGGCUGCUGCAGCCGGGACCAAUGCCCUUCCCAACAAUUUCACCUUCCCAGACCCGGAGCCCUCGGCCGAUCCCGAAGCCCUGACCGCCCCGAUCAGCUCAUCCUCCAGCGCCUCAGGCCUCGGUGGAAUUGGGGCCCUGGCUGGCGGCGGGUCGUCACCCUUGUCACGCAGUGGCUCCCCGGCUCCCGGAUCCAUGACCUCCGGAGGGAUCGAAGACUCCCUGAGUUCCAGCCAGCUGGUCGACGAGAAUGCCUUCAUGUCACCCUUUUCGCCGGCAGCUCUGCUGGCCAAUCCUGCACUUCAUCGCUUGCAAAGUGGCGAAAGCAAAUUCUCCGAGCGCAAGGACCACGCAGAUCGAUCCUUCGAGCUGCUCAAAGCCGAGUGCCACCGGCGUCGUGGCAGCGUGAUGAACCCAUCGGAUGUGGCGGCCGCCGGUCCGGGCGGGGCCCUCGCGCAUUCCAUCGGCUCCGAUGUCGGUGCCGGCAUCAACAGCGAUGGCCUGGCCGGUGGGCCUCUUUCUCCUCCGGCUGGUGGAUCGGUCAUCGUCCGGCGAGGCGGCCUCUCGGUGCAGGCGUCCCCGGCCGCGAUGCUUUCCAUCCCAGCAGCCAUGGGUUCGACAUGCGGCCUGGGUGCUGCUGCCUCGCCGGCGGCGCCAUCCCCCCCCGCGCCUCUGGCUUCCCCUUCACCGGCAGUGACUCCAUCUUCGGGUUUGUCAGUGCCAGCCCCCACCGGCGUGGCAUCCCUCCUUGCCGCCAGCACGCCGGGGCUCGUGCACCCGGAGUCCGGGACAUUCCAUCUGCUGCCCCAGCUGCGCGAGGAGGGGCCACCCGGCGGAGGGCCAGACAUUUCCGGAACCUCUGCCUCUCGUCUGGCGUCCUCGUCAGCUCCUCACAACCAGCUGCCCUCCGACGGGGUGAUGAGCGGACCGUCGCCCGGGUCGAUCGGCUCCGGCAGCCUGCCCGGGUUACCGGCGCUCGGAACCACCGUCCUGCCCAGUGCCAGGCUUCUCCUGGCUGGCGGGAGUGGCUCCGCCGAACUGGAGACAUCGGCCGCCCCGGGUGAGUUCGUCGCUCCGGCGACCGGCAUGGCCUCUCCCGUUGCUGCUGCUACCCUUGUCGCCGCCACUGCCCCGACCACCGCUGCUCCGCCACCAGCUCGUAGCGGGCAGGUCGAAAAUGGUGCCAUCAUCCUGGCCCAGUUUGCCGAGCAUGCUCGGCGUCUCAGUUGUCCGAGCAUUCAGCUGGAGGAGGAGUGCGUGGCGGCCGCGGCGGCCGCAGCCGCGGCAAUCGCUGCGGCUGCUGACUCCUCAGGCAUUGUCGAUCGCAGUGGCCCCUCCGUCCUUGAAUCAGCAUCCGGCAGUUCUAGUGUCUGAUUAUAUGCGUGCUCCACAACCUUUCCCCUCUCCCUCCUGUGUCCUCCCUCUCCCUCUCUCCCUCUCUUUCCUGUCCCCUUUGUGGUUUGCGCAUAGUGUGUGCCAUCCGUUGCUUUGUGCCCAU